CCCUCCCCUCAGUGCUUUCGCCGCGCAGCGUCUGGGCAGAAAUGGCGGCUCUUUUGGAAUCACUCCUGUUGAAGAAAGCGGACGUUAACGCGGUGUUGGACUGGCUGAAAAACGUCGAGGAGGCUGACAGCCUGGCAUUCAGUGAACCUGGGCUGACAGUUCACAAACAAGAAUUUGUCCCAUUUCUUUUAAACUUCCUGAGAGAGCAGAGCAGUCAAGCACUAACCCAUGGCCCUGCCACGCCAGCCAAGACCCCCAGCCGCCCCAGACCUGCUGCACAGACGCAGGGCUUCACUGACAGGAGGGGUUGCAGGUCUGCUGGUGGCGGCACUGGAUCUCGGAGUGCCAGCAGGGUCCAGCUGUUUUCUCCUGCUUCCUCUGGGUCACCUGGAACGGAUGCUUCUGGUCAGUCAGGGUCUCACUGUCUAAGUGGGGUCAACGCCUUCAGCAGUUCCCCAUUUAGUGCAGCAUGGAGCCCCGCCUCAAGGCCUUCGGGCUCCGAUCGCCGGUCUGGCCAGAGGAUCAGUCUCGGGGACUACAUUGUUUCUCCUCCUGACCUCCAGCCCAGCCCCAACUUCCAGUCACAGAAAGGCCGCAAGAGAAGUGGCGGCAGCGUGCCGAUGGGGGGACAAGGAAGAGGAGGGCGUGGAGGACAUCACAGUGAUGAGCUUGGACGGUGGGAGAGUGGGGGGAGGAGGUCGGGUAGAGGAGGAGGAGGAGGCGGCGGAGGAGGGCACAGUAGGAUAAAUGAGGUUUCUCCUCCGUCUGUGGUGCAGCUCAACUUGAGCAACUUGGAGGACUUCCCUCCAGUUGGCUCAUCGCCCAUUUCACCUGCGGCGUCCAAACCAUCUAGAAGAAUAAACCCAACACCAGUCAGUGCAGAGCGGCCACACUCCAAACCAAAGACCUGCUUCACCUCCACCCCAUUCAGUAAACCUUCUACUCCCCCAUUAGCUGUAGAGGCACUUGAGGGGUCGGUGACGGUGGGCAGUCCUCUGAGCCUGCAGGAAGAGAGGGAGCUGCUAAAGAGGGAAAAGACAAAGCGUGCCCAGCAGGUCGGCACUCCUCUGCCGUCCUCACUUGACCCUUGCACUCCCACCAAGUCAGGGCUCAGAACUGGGUCUAAAGUUACACCAGAUCUGCAGACACCCUGUCCUGAACCAUCCAAAGUCACCUUCUCUUUGGAACUGGAUCUCCUGGCAGAGCUGUACUGUACCUGCAUUUCUGAAAACCUAGUGCCAAACAUUUUCCUGGAGCUUUUUUUUGUGAUGCAGUUGCUAACGUCGCAGUCUCCUCACACUCAUGAUGAUAAUGAACAGGGAAGUUUGUGUGCAGCGAAUUCAGAUGUUUUGGAGAAAUGUUUCCUUAGACAAGUACACAACUGUGUGUAUUUUGCUGUGAAGGUUCUGGAAAAUCAGUUUCAGUUGGUAGCUCAUUUGGACAAGUGUACCUUGCGUCUGCUGGCAGAGAACGAAAGGGUGACGUCUUUCUCUUCGGAUCUCAGGGACCGUCUGACUCAGGCCCAGGACAGGAGCACAGCCAAGCUGUCUCCUUCAGUUUCCACUUUCAUCCACUCAGUCCCUUUCCAGCCUGCUACUGACAACCGGUCCAACUUCAGUAGUGACAAGGCCUUCCACACAUUUAAAAAACAGAGAGAUAUUUUUUAUGAGGUGUUACGAGAAUGGGAGGACUUUCACAAGGAACCUGGGUGGAACUUUGACCCUGCUCUUGGGAGUAGGAUAAAAGGAAUGAUGAGUCAGCUGACCUCUGCAGGAAACCAUUCCCAUUUUGCACGUCUGUUUCUGAAGCAGCUUGUUCAGAUGUGUAAAGGCCCCCGUGUGAACAGCUCUCCUGGGGAUACUCCUGAUGCUGACUUACUAGGCAUGCUGGGAGCUGAUAGUUUGGGGCGUCUGAAGCGUCUUGAGGAGCGCCUCAUUCAGCCUCAUGGAGUCGCUGGCCCCUGCCCUCCUCCAUCCUUCCCUGGUCACCAAGAGUUCUUCAGAGACUUCCUGCAGGCAGCUAGCUGCUGCCAGCUGAACCAGCACUUGCAGGACAGUCUCUGUCAGCAGCUCCUCCAGCUGGAUGAGGUGUCCAUCCUGAGCCCUCCUGCUUCCAUUGGGGAAGGAGAAGAGGAGGGGGAUGGGGACAUGGAGCAGCAGGAUGAAAAGCAGCGGUUCACCUCAGUGCUGCUCCUAGCUCGUCUUCUGGCUAAGUUUCUGGGAUUCAUUUCCUUUCUGCCUUACCAAACAUCUGAGAGACCAUCCAGGGAGAUACAGGAGACUGCUAUAGCCCUGCGCAGCAAGAGUGUUCCAGUGCUGGAUGUGUGUGCUGUGCUGAGUAACAGUGUUAAAAGGAGGCGCACCAUCCUGACUGUGCCCUGGCUUGUUGAGUUCCUCUCCAUGCUGGACUGUGUUGGUCCUCUGCUGCUCUGCUACAGAACUGCAUUGGGCACACUGCUUCUCCUGUACAGGAGAAUGUUGCUGGGCAGAUGUGGAGAAAUGUGUUACCUGAACAAGCUACUGAUGGUGUCUGUGUUGGGUUGGCUUUUCCAGAUCCCAGUGAUACCCGAGGACAUUUUCUUCACCAAUGAGUUCACUGAGGUGGCCAAGCUGGAGGACAGCAGCACGACUGCUGCAGGGCUUGACUGCAUUCCCCUGGUUGAUCAGCAGCUUCUCUAUACAUGUUGUCCAUUUCUUGGUGAGUUCCGUAAGCUCCUGGCUGCCUUUGUGUCUGGAAGCACAGCCAAGAGCGGAGGAAUCAUCCGCAAGAUCACACCCACUUCUGCUGAGCUCAGAGAUACACCAACUGCCAACAGGUCUCAGCAGAAACUGCAGGUGGACCUCGAGCAAGCCUUCUUUCACAACCAGCCCCCGUCGCUGCGUCGCACUGUGGAGUUUGUGGCCGAGAGAGUUGGAUCCAAUGCCGUCAAGCAUAUGAAGGCCACAUUAGUGAGUGAGUUGGUGGAGCGAGGUGAGAAGAUGCUGUGCAAUGGACUGGAGUCGCCAAACUCAAAUCCCUCAAAACUGAAUGACACCAUCUGUGCUCAGCUGUGUGUCGCAGGAUUGGAGGCCCUAGCAAAAGCCACCAGGUUUUGCUGUGAGAAGAGUCCUGAAGCCAUACGAAUUCUGCUUCCCGAUGAGACCUCCCCUGCUGUCCUGAACACAGCUGAAAACAUCACCAAACGUCUCGCAACAGAAAAAGCCUGCAGCUGGCUCUCGGCCAACAUUACAGCUCUGAUAAGACGAGAGUGGAAAAGCAGGUAUGAUCGUGUGAUGAAGGCUGUGGGAAGCCCAGUGGCGCCAGACUCUGGGGAUGUGGGGGCCGUGGUUGAGCUGGUCACCCAGGAGCAGUCAACUACCCCCAAGAGGAAACAAGGAAGUGACAGAGUGACAUCUUGCCCUCCACACUGCAAACACAGUGCUUCACUGCCCUCUGACAUCCUCAUUGAGAUAAAGGAGUUGCUGAGCAUUGCAGUGGGCCCCAGGACUGACGAGGAACUGCCUACCGCCUCUCAGAUCAAAACGCUGUUACAGAGAGUAGGAGACACUCUGGCCUGCAGAAAGUUCUCAACUGUCUUGUCGGAGCAGAUGCUACUGAACUCUACUGUCCUACUGGCCUGCAAACUGGUGUCUGCAGAGCUGCCGGUGCUGUCUCUGUCAGGGUGCAGCGGAGGUGAUAGGGUUGUUGUGGGUCCUGGUUCAGGGUCAGAGCCUCCUGUCAGAGCGCUGCUGGAGCAGCUUGCUGAGCUGUGGGAAGGAGACUGCUGUUCCUCCGCCCCUCUCCACCUGCUCUUCACCCCACUCACUGUCACUGCUGUGCUGAAGGCCAGCGACACUGAGUGGAAUAACUAUCUAUUCCUGGUGAGACAGCUGGUUGACAGAGGAGUCUUGAGUGAAGAAGAGGUCAUAUCCCAUUGGAAGAAGCUAACAAACUUGGCGUUGCCAGCGAAGCUGAUAGAAAAUUUUCAGCUGCAGUCACAGAGUAUUAAACCUCCCUUGCCUCUGGCUGAGUUGCAAAGCCGCAUGGACAUGCUGCAGGUCUCUCAACAGACAGUAGAGGGAGCUACAUGACAACAAUAAUGCUACCCAGUAUCCCACUGCACCUUUGUGUGAUCACCACAGUGUUUUAUGUCACAUCUGUCAGUGUGUUGUUCAAGAAAGAGACAGUUCUGGGUGACUUCUUGUUGUUGACUAUUUUUCGAGUUGCCACAGCCCAUCAAAGCUGUUCCUAGCAAGCUUCAGACUUUUGUUCUCCACCUGUGAAGUGACAGCAGCCUUUCACGAAUCCCUCUGCUCUUUUGCUAAGGCGCCGGUGAGACACAGAAAGCCCUGCCACUCAGAAGUAGCCAGGGACCACACCGUCUCUCACACCUUAGAUCUGUUGAUCCUUCCUGCAAGCGAACCUGGUGAUUGUGUCCGACGGGAUAUACUUGUAGAUCAAGCUUUUCAAAGAGUCAAGGCUAUAGCAGAGAAAUAACAAAGACACAGGAGAAGGGUCGCCAUCAAAAUGGGAAUUUGUGAGUUUUUGGAGCCGAGGACUCAAACUGAGUAUCUUCAGUAACUCAGCUCAUUAAAAGGUCCUGGUUUUUAAAUGUAAGAUUCUAUUAAACAAGCCAUAGUUUGUCAAGAAACACUUGAUCAGACAGCUACUAAAAAUGAGCUGAAAUAUGUGUUGUUUUUUUAGUCCUACCACAGAAAAUAAAUGUCUUAAAUUUUAGUAUAGCACUUUCACACACUGCCUUUGACCGCCACUACUAGUGAUUGCAUGUUUAUCUCAUGAAUGCAAGACUGCGUUUGUGAUUGUUUUUGUUCAUGUUGAACGAGCGCUGUACUCCCUGCUGCUUUUAAAUUGAAAUAUUUUUUAUGUUGCCACAAAAUUUCAAAUAUAACAAUAAAGAUGUAUUCUGAUGUAA